UGAUGGCGGUCGAAUGAGUUGGAACCCAAAGACCUGAAGGUUUUACCGCGUUUAUUUCUUUCUCAAAUCACUAAAAACCAUGGACAGCGCGAGUGAAUCUAGCGGCAAUGAUUUAGACAGCGAUUUUCAAAAUGCAAAAGCAUUUUUGCUGAAAACUAGUUUACAUUCGAAUCUAAAUGUCUAUGAUCAUCUUGCAAGUGUUAUUAGAAAGGUCUUGGAAGAGAAACCGGAAAAUGUAGCAGAUUUGGUAGACGACCUUGUAAGGGAUGAAAAGAGAGCCAAAUUCCGCCCCAGUUUCGACACUAUCCAGAAUGAAGAAGAUGAAUCUACAGAAGUAUUACUGGCAAGAUCCCAGUUGACUCUGUUUGAGAGAAAACCUACCGACCAAGAAUUGGAACCUAUGAUCCGAGAUCCAGAAAUAGAAGAAGACCAGGAAGAAGCACCCCUACCAGAUCUAAUGGAACUCGCAAACUAUUUUGAACAAGCUGGUGUUGGCAUUGGCAGAGAAGAAACAUUUAGAAUAUUUUUAGCUUUGAAGCUUUUGAUUGACACACAGCCAAUAAGGACGUGUAGAUUUUGGGGUAAAAUGUUUGGAAUCCAUGCAAAUUACAUCAUUGCUGAAGUGGAGUUUUUUGAAGGAGAAGAUCCAGAAGAACCUCAAGAUGAUGAAAAACAACAAGAGGAAGAGAUUAUUGAAGCAAAAACAGACAUCAUCAAAGAAGGAGAUUUUGAUGUAGAAGAAGAUGAUAUCCCCCAAGCAGAGUUCAAAGCAUCUCCAGUUAUUCCUAAAGAAGAUAGCAGAACGGGUUGUAACAAGAAAACAUACUUUGUGUGCAAUGAAUCUGGAGGGGCUUGGGUCAGACUUCCCCCUGUCACUCCUGCACAGAUUGUGGUCUCAAGACAAAUCCGAAAAUUUUUCACUGGAAAUCUUCAAGCGCCUGUUGUAAGUUAUCCACCCUUCCCUGGAAAUGAAUCCAAUUACUUAAGAGCUCAGAUUGCUAGAAUAUCAGCCACAACACACAUCAGUCCUCUGGGCUAUUACAUGUUUGAAGAGGAAGAAGAGGAUGAUGACGAAGGAGGAGCUCGUGACUCCUUUGUGGUGAAUCAGGAGUUUGAAGGACUCACUAUCAAUGAAAUGGCCGAUCCAUCAUGUGCGAACUGGGUUCAUCAUGUCCAGUACGUUCUUCCACAGGGUCGUUGCACAUGGUUUAACCCCUCGCAAAAGAGAGAGGAGGAGGAACUGGAGGAAGAAGAGGAGGAUGAGGAGAGGGAAGAGCCUGAUGAGCCAGAACCUGAGCAAGGUCCACCCCUGCUGACGCCGCUCUCAGAAGAUGCUGAGGUUGAUGGCAUGCCUCCAUGGACAGCACAGAAGUCCUCUACCUUAGUUCCUCAGUAUUCUCUGGCUGUGAUGCACUCCAACUUGUGGCCAGGAGCACAUGCAUUUGCUCUUGAAAGAAAAUUUGAGAACAUUUACAUUGGUUGGGGACAGAAAUUCAGUGCAGAGAACUACAGCCCACCUCCCCCUCCACCACCACAAGAGGAAUUUGCCAGUGGACCAGAGAUCACUGAGGCUGAAGACCCAUCAGUGGAGGAGGAGAAGGCUCUCAAGGCUGCGCAACAGGAAGCAAUGGAGGCCGCAGAAAUGGAAGAGGAGGAGGAAGAUGAUGAUGAUGAUGAUUAGUCACCUAACUGGAUAAUUCUGAUGAAUUAAAUUAUUUACUUUUAUGAAGUCUAGUAUUUCAGUUUAGUUUUGAUGUGGUGUAAAUAUCUUAAUGCAGUUUGAGACUGUUAUAAUAUUACUCUCCUUGAAAACUACCAUGUGUUUCAUACCUGCAUCCAGUUCUUUUGCUAGAUUGUUUUUGUACCCAAGGUACACUUUAUGACGUCAAAAUAAUAGAAAUGUAUAUAACUCCAAAAAAUUAACCUUUGUGUAACUUUCUAUCAAGAAGCUAUCAGGUUAUUCAGUUACUUUGCGUUAAAUUUCUUGUAUGCCAUGCUAAAUGCCUUUCCAACCAAUAUGUCUUAUAUUAAAUAGAGAGUCAAUACAUGAUGAGCUGUCACAGAACUGUUUGCUCAAGAACUUUAUUUAUAAAUCAAGCAAGCAAACUGUUAGUGAAGAACAGUGACAAGUCUGGUAAAGUCUAUUACAAUGUAUAUUAGAAUGUAGCAUACACAACAAAAACUGAUGUAGAGGACUUGAAAAACAAUUCCUGGAUUAAAAUUGGUUUUUACAUUG